UUUAAAGGACCGUGGUAGUCAAUUGUAAUUUUUCCAGUUGGCGGAAAUGAUGUGUAUGGGGUUCCCACGUAUCGAAUCCCUGCAGGAGAAUCCAAUGGAAACGAUAGAUUGACUGGAUUAUGUGUCUGUAAGAGGAGAACAUCAGUUCCCUGGCUGAGGUGACGGCAAACGCGAAGGAUCACUCUAUAGUGGCAAGGUAUGUGGACUUUAAGCUCAUGAAAGAAUGGCAACUGACGCAGAUGAGCCAAAAAAACUGAAUUUUACUUUCGGUGUCAUAGCAGACAUUCAAUACGCCAAUACAGACAAUGGUUAUAAUGGCACACGCACAAUGAGACGUUAUUACAGGAACAGCCUCCAUUUACUGUGCAGUGCUGUCAGGGGAUGGAAUGAAGAAGUGAACACUCCCAGCUUUAUUCUGCAGCUUGGAGACAUCAUUGAUGGAUGCAAUUUGCAGCUAAAGUCCUCAGAUCAUGCACUUCAAGUGGUCUUAGAUGAAUUUUCAAAGUGUUCAUCUCCUGUGCACCAUAUCUUGGGUAACCAUGAAUUGUAUAAUUUUGAUAGGGAACUAUUACUUAAAUCAGCUCUCAAUAGCACGUGCCUGGGAAACAAAGAUAACAGCAUUGAGACCUGGUCCAAACCUAAUGACUCAGAGGCAUUUUAUGGCUACCAUUUUAGUCCUUUCCCUAAGUUUCGAUUCAUAAUCACCGACUCAUACGACCUUAGCAUUUUGGGGAGGAAAUAUUCCAGCAAGAAACAUCGUGAUUCGAUGGAAAUAUUGACGUCAUACAACAAAAAUGAAGAUUUUAAUAGCUCAAAAGGGCUCCAUGGGCUGGAAAAACGUUUUGUGGCGUUUAAUGGAGGUUUCAGUAAGGAACAGCUGGAUUGGCUGAACAAAAUAUUAACUUUCUCAGAUCGUAACCAGGAGAAGGUUACAAUUGCUGCUCAUGUUCCAAUCCAUCCACAGUCUACAAAUUCACAUGGGAUUGCAUGGAACUACGAUGAGAUCCUGUCGGUGUUGCAUGCACACACGAGUGUUGUGUGUUUUCUGGCUGGACAUGAUCACAAUGGAGCUUAUUGCUUGGAUUGCCAUGGAAUUCACCAUCUUACACUCGAAGGUGUGAUUGAAACACCACCAGAGAGCCAUGCAUUUGGAACUAUCUAUGUAUAUGAUGACAGAAUGAUUGUCAAGGGAAGAGGCAGGAUUCAGGACAGGAUUCUUCACUACAAGAAAAUCUGAAUCAAAUAAUCUUUAGCUCAUCAUAGAAAUGUUAAUGUUCUGUACCAUGUGAAUACAUUGAAAAAACAAGUGGGAUCAAAAUUAGAUCAUCACCUGUUAAAUAUAGUAGCACCUACAGAUUAAAAUCUCAGAUCCGAAAAGAGUGACGCAUUCUGUUGUGUGUCAA